AUGGCGUUAGCUCGAAACAAGGUUACGCUAUCCGCAGAUAAGGGCUCCUGUUAUACCCCGAAGAUGGGAAGGCAAAAGCCUUCUCAGGCAUACAUUUACGUGAGCAGAAAGAACGCAGACUACAAAGAAAAAAUCCCAAAGUCGGUUCCUGCAACCUCCGAAGCGAAAGGAGAAAGCCAUAAAUACGACAGUCUCAAAAUAUACCGGGAAGGACCCAACACCGAAAGUGGCGAAUUGGAUCCUAAAUCCGAUUCGAAGGAAGUCAAAAAACAUAACAAAUCCGUGGCCGAUCGAAAUGGCGACCAUUAG